AUGAAAUUGGCCUCAAGUACUUUGAUCAACUGUCGACUGUCGGUGGCUAAUGCCCAUAAAUAUGUUGGAUUAUUACAAUGGAAUGCUCGAAGAUUGAAUACCAGCUCUUCGAAACCGGUCUCUAAACCUUCUUCUACAGAAGUGAGCAAAUCUCCGAUAACUGCGAAACCAGUUGACAAACCUUCAUUAUGGUCUAGAAUCAAGCAUGAAGCCAAGCACUAUCGUGAUGGUACCAAAUUGCUCGGUUUUGAGAUAAAGAUCUCUUCGAGACUGCUGUUGAAGUCUUCUGCCGGCUAUGAGCUGUCAAGAAGAGAGCUAUUACAGCUGAAAAGAACUACUUCAGAUAUUGUGAGAUUAGUACCGUUUGCAGCAUUCGUUUUAGUGCCAUUUGCAGAGUUACUUUUACCCAUUGCGCUGAAAUUGUUCCCAAAUCUGUUGCCUUCAACUUAUGAAUCGGUUAAGGACAAGCAAUCGAAGUUGGAAAGUCUAAGAAAGACCAGAAAGUUGGUUUCUGGAAUUAUAAAGGGAAAUAUCUCUCAUUUCAAGCCAACAGACAUAUCUGAAGAGCAUAAGAAAGUAUUCAAUGAGUUUUACCAACACGUUCGUCAGACAGGCGAACCUGAGUCACGUCAACAGCUAAUCCAAGUCGCAAGACUGUUUAAAGAUGACACUGUGCUAGAUAACGUAACCAGAUCCUACCUGGUUGCUUUGGCCAAGUACAUCAACUUACGCCCAUUCGGAACAGAUGUCAUGUUGCGUUAUAGAAUCAGAUAUAAGAUGCUUGAGUUGAAAAAAGAUGAUCUAUCAAUCUACUAUGAAGGCGUCGAGCAAUUGAGUCCUACAGAACUGUUCAAUGCAUGUGCUUCAAGAGGUAUCAAAUGCAACAACGUCGAGGACUCUGUGCUGAGAGAUAACUUGAAGAUCUGGCUCAACAUGAGACUGAAGGACAAAAUCCCAUCCACCCUUCUUAUCAUGGCGACAGCCUACAAUUACGGUGAGAUCACAUCCAAGAAAUCUCUAUAUGAUGCAUUGUGCGAUGUUCUAAGUGGUAUUCCUGAUGAACUUUACCAUGAAGUUAAGGUCAACGUUGUGCAAGAGGACAGCAUUUCACCAAAGCAGAAACUCUUGCAAUUGAAGGAACAAGAAGAAAUCAUGAAGGAGGAAGAACAACAGGAGAAGAAUGCAAUUGUUAGAGUUAGAGACCAACUAAGCCUCGAUGACCUAGAUCAUCAGGACCAACAAGGUAAAGAAUCUUCCAAGAAACGCCAAGAAAAGCAUUGA